CUUUACUAAUUAACCUUUCACUGUUCAAAAAUUUUUCCCCGAUUCAUUCUCUCUACUUUCUCUUUCUCCUGAGAUUCAGUAAAACAAGGAGACAGAGAAGAUAAGAAGAUCAUCGGGGAGUGGCUAGGAGUGGAGAGGUCGGAGGUCAGGCGGUUAGGGAAUGAAUCAGAGUUCAAUUGCACUCAAUAGACAAGGGAAGGUAGACUAGGGAGUGGGGAGGUCAGAGUUCAGGCGACUAGGGAAAUGAAUCAGAGUUCAAUGUACUCAAUAGACAAGGGAAGGUAGAUCUGGUGUCCAUUAUAGAUGUAGAAAAGAGGUGCAGAGAAUGAGAAACUCGAUUAACAGGGAAUGGUUCUCUCAUCUAGUUGUAAGCGAGAAAAAGAAGGGGAAAGAAAGAGAGGUAUAAAUGAUUGGUGAGUGUUCUGCGAUUCACCCCUAGAUAUGGCCUACCUUCCACAUUUUGAAGCCAGAUCUUGGCCAAGCUUUCACACUUCGCAGACUGAGCUCUCCUCCAACACCGAUUCUCUUAGCAUCAGAUUAUUUGGCUGUCACUUUCUCCGAUCUCCACACCAAUGCAGGCCUCAAGUCACUCGAUCAGUUCCUCGGCGGGAAAAACUUACAUCUCUGGUAUUUUUGUUGUCUGUGGCUCAAGGACACAAUCCAGGGAAAGGGAAGAUUUGAUGAAGAAUCUUUUAUAGCAGAAGAAGGUUUGGUUUGAGUGAGGAAGCUGUAAAUGGAAGAAGUCUAUGGGAAGCUGAAGCUUCUAAUGUGGAACUGCCUUGCCAUUUGGGCAAAUUCCAGGUAAAGGAGAUAAGGACCGAAUUCAUACUUUAUUACAUUGAUUUUUCUUUAAGUUGUAGGAUUUGAAUUUCUGAAUUUAUGAUGGGAUAGGUUUUUCUAGCUGAAUUUUCUUUAGAAUUCAAAAUUUAGUUCAAAGUGUUUGAACUUAAUGAAUUAUCAAUUGAUCUGAUUUUAUUUUUGAAUUAUAGAAACUGUUUAUCAUUUGAGCAGUGUCUUGAAUAACUUGAGCCUGUGUUGGACGUCGAAGGAUAUAAAAGUAUUCUUAAUUCAAAAGGCAAUGAAGAAGCCUUGGUGGGUAAAAAGCUUUAUUUUUCUUAAGUUGUUGAUCUCCUGCUUUGAUGGAGUUCUCUCUCUCUCUUCUUUUUUCUUUUCAUUGUCUGAAUCUGAUAUGCAGCGGAAUGAGGCGAAGCUGUCUGCUGUUGGAACCAGUGCAUCUCUGGUAGGUCAACACAUCAAAUUGUUGUUUGAAAGCAUUUUUCUUCAGAGUUCAUAACUUUUAUAGAGAAUAGGGAAAGUGAGAUAUAUGAUAGAUGAUUGAUAAAAGCGGUCACCAUAUGGUUUCUACUUCAUUGAUUGGAACCCUCUUUAGAUUGGUGUAGGUGUGAUUAAUGCAUUGAUUAAUCUAUUAAAGGCAUUUGAUCAAUCUUUUGCUUGUGAAGGAAAGAAUGUACCUAUAUUGUCAACAAGUGUUGCUUAUGGUGUUUACACCGCUGUCUCUAGCAACCUCGGGUGAUCAAUAUUGUUUGCAGCAUAUUAUUUGUUUCUGGAAGUAAUAUUCCUAUCUUCUCUUUGUCCACAAUUGAAUUCAGGACA